UUCGGUCAGUCACACCAGAAGAUGGCGGUGUUAGCUUUGUUUGUUUGCAAUAAGCGGCUGAGGGUAGCUCUUUUUGUUCAACGUUGACUGUACACAACAACAGGGUUAUUCAAUGGUAUGCUUUUCUAAUGUUUACUGUAUUUGGACUUUAUUUUAAUGUGUCGCGGUGAGAAGUUUCAGUUGAAAGUCACGAAACUAGCAAGAUUCAGAUUAGCGUACGUUAGCAACUGCCAGUUUAAAGGCAACUAGCUAAUGUAAUACUUUGGUCAGUACAAGUAAAUGAGUAAACAUACCCAGAGAACUGAAUUAAUCAUGAUUAAGUGUUUGUGUUUGUAUGUGUGGCCGUCAAAAAGUUUCAGUUGGAAGUCACGAGACGAGGCAGCUUCAAGUCAGCGUACGUUAGGUUAUUGGCAACGGUCAAUUUAAAGGCAGUUGGCUAAGUUAACGCUUUGAUCAGUACAAGUGAAUGCUUGUUUACUCAAACAUACCAAAAACAGAAUUCGCCAUGAUUAAGUGUUUGCCCUUAGAGCUUCAGGGGAAACUUCGCUCCGGUGUUGCCAUCCCCUCCCUUCAGCAGUGUGUAGAGGAGCUCAUUCUGAACAGCAUCGAUGCUGGAGCGACCUGUGUGGGAGUCAGGAUGGACAUGGACGCUUUUAAAGUUCAGGUGAUCGACAACGGUGCGGGGAUGGGCGCUGAAGACAUGGAAUGUGUGGGAAAUAGGUACUACACAAGCAAAUGUAAUUCUUUGAAUGACCUGGAUAACCUCAGAUGGUACGGUUUCAGAGGAGAAGCCUUGGCAAGUGUGGUGUCUUUAGCCUCUCUUGUUGAAAUCUCAUCACGGACCAGAUCAUCAGUGAAAACUCAUGUUAAAAUAUUCAAGGAGGGCAAAGGAUUGGAUGUCUUUGAAGCAGAUACUGCUCGACCUUCUGCUGGAACAACUGUUAUCAUUUGUAACUUUUUCCACAACAUGCCAGUCCGGAGGAAGAGGGUCGAUGCUGUCCUGGAGGGUGAGAGGAUCAGACAGAGGGUGGAGGCUCUUUCUCUGAUGCAUCCCUCCGUAUCCUUCACACUGAAGAAUGACUGCACUGGAGCCAUGACAGUGCAGCUUCCUAAAGCUAGAAACACCUACCACAGGUUUGUGCAGAUUCACGGCCUUAUGCGAGCAGAGAAACUGGGAGAAAUCAGCUACGCACACAAACAGUUUGAAGUGAUCGGCUACCUCGGCAGAGAGGGUCACUACAAUAACACCUUGCAGUUCCUGUAUGUAAAUGACAGGCUGCUGUUGAAAACACGGAUCCACAAGCUGCUGAACUUUCUCCUGCGCAGAAUAAGCAGUUCAAACCAGAAAAAUGACAGCUCAGAUAUGCUGUCUGUCAUCAGGAGUCCAAAACAAAAACGAAGCCAAGAGCUGUAUGGGGUCUACAUCAUCAAUAUUAAAUGCUCUUACUCAGAGUAUGACAUUUGUCUUGAGCCUGCCAAAAGUCUAAUAGAGUUCAAAGAUUGGGGUGGGAUUUUGCUUUGUGUAGAAGAAGCAGUGAAAGCUUUCCUGAGCAGAGAGAACUUGGUGGCUGUCCUUUCUCAAGAUGACUUGGAUGAUGUAUCUCCUAACGUUUUUGGCACAGAUGGAACAGAUCAAGAAGAGAAUGCUGACAAAGGUGGCUUAGAAACUACUGGUACUUCCUCACUGGAUUGCAGCAUUGGAAUUAAACUGGCAUCCGAAUCUGUUCAUCGUAAAUCCACAGAGGUCGGUGAAUGUGUGGACAGCAUUUGCCUGGAGUCUGGCCUGACAGAGUGCAGAGCAGAUGAAACCGAUCAACUAGGGCAGGAAAAGAUAGCUGCAGAUGAAGUGAGCAUAAUGCACUGUAAAAAAGGUGUAAAUGAUGAAUGUGUGGAGAAGCCCCGGUGUGAUGUGGCUACACUGGAGCCUCAUAAUAACAUUAACAAAGAAAAGAAACCAGUAUUCAGUGAAACCGGGGAAGGCUCUAAAAUGUUACGUAUGUCAGAUGGCCUAGAUGGUGCAGUUAUUAAAGAAAAGGACAUUCAGUCAAACAGUGCUACCUCAAUCAACAAUGUAAAUCCACUACAUGGUCAUAUUAAACAAAUUCAGCCUGAUUUAAACUGUACUGAACCAACAGCACCAGACCGCCAUGGACAGACUCUAGCAAGGGACAGAAAAAUCUGUCUGUCUGACCCAUACAUUCACGAAAGUCUGCACACCCAGAGCCUAUCCAGAACCAACAGGCCAGUAUUUCAGAUGGGAGAUUUACCUUUGAAAAGUGAAGGAAGAUCCUUGGCAUCAAAACACAAAAUCUCACUGCAUGCAGGCCGAGACGGAUCUUCUCAGAAGCUAUGCAGAGACUUUGCUGCUAUUAUCCCAUCAAAAGUACCCAAAAUAAUUUCUUGUCAGAAGUUCUCCACAUGUAAGGAGUCUGGCUCUCUAGACAAGUUCAGAAGAAUAUAUGUUAAGUCUGAUGAACUGAAAUUACCAAGCGCUAUUGAGGCUCAUGCACAGAACAACACCAGACGUACUCCGAUGGACAGCUUUGUUUUGAAUCCUAAAAAUGUAUCAGCUUGUCAGGAAGAUUGGCAAGAGGGCGAUGUUACAAAGACACAAGAGGGAGAGGAGACACAGUGCAGCUCCCAAAGCCCACCCAUGCUAUCAGCUGUCUCUGAGCUAAAACCAGUCUCAGCUCAGAAUAAAGGUAAAAAAUCUUUGGCGGCUAAACUCUGCCAUUUAAAGCAACACACCACAAACAAUUCAGAAGUAUCACUACACAUGUCCAGGACUACCUCAGAGGAAAAUAUCUGUCUCAGGAGUAGCAGUGAUGGUAUCCAAGAGAAUAACAACAAUGAGAAUCCCUGUGAUCCUGCACCAAAUCUCCAACUGGACACAGGUUGCUGUACAAAUCCUGAACUGGAUGAAAAGGAAGAGGAUAUGACGUCAAAUGACUGGCUUCAUCACUACGAUGCAUCUGUUGGAAAGACGGUUUACGUCAACAGAGUGACCGGGCUCAGCAGAUAUGAGGAACCAGCUGCAGAAGAAACUCAAGUACGCUGUACAUCUGAUGUCACCAAUAUGGCAGUUAGUGUCAUCUCUGAAAUGGGGAUGGAAUACAAGUGUUACCCAUUUCAGGUGGAUCUAGUGUUGCCUUUCCUUCCUAAAUCCAGGCCAGAAAGAGUGAUUAGCUCAGGGCUUGAUUAUAGAGGUAACUCACAGACAUGUCAGGUGGUAGACUGUAAGGUUCUGACUCACACAAAGUACAAAAUGUAUGUAGUGUAUUUUGUUUAUUUCGGGUCACGUUUUACCUUGUGUUUCUUUGCAGAUAAUCUUGGUGAAAGCUCCAACUCACUUUCUUCAUUGUACUCAAAAUGGAAUAACCCAGUGUUUGUCCAUCCUCCUAUGGUUGGCGUGGAUAUUUCCACUGGACAAGCUGACGAACUGGCUGUAAAGGUUCACAACAUCCUGUUUCCGUACCGCUUCUCUAAGGCCAUGAUUCACUCAAUGAAGGUUAUUCACCAAGUGGAUAAGAAGUUUCUUGCGUGCCUCAUCAAUACAAGAGAUGAAGAACCAGGGGCACCCACUGAAGCUGAGGGAAACCUGUUGGUGUUGGUGGAUCAACAUGCUGCACAUGAGAGAGUUCGACUUGAAAAUUUAAUUGCAGAUUCAUAUGAGAACGACCCAGAUGUCCAAGGGGAGAGACGUCUGUGUUCGUCAAGCAUUUUGCCACCUCUUGAGAUCAGCGUGUCAGAAGAGGACUUACGGCUGCUUAGGUCUUGUCAGCCACACUUGAGGAGUUUGGGACUGGAAGUAACUUUCUCACAGGCAGCAGAUCCACAAGUGUUUGUAGGGAAGGUACCACUGUGCUUCACGGAAAAAGAGAGUAAUGAGCUCAGGCGAGGCAGGCCAUCUGUUAUCAAGCCUAUUGUUGAGGAGUAUCUUCAAGAGCAGAUUGAGUUACUACGCUCAACAGGUAGAGUGAGAGGAACUUUGCCUCUCACUGUUCUAAAAGUGCUCGCCUCGCAAGCGUGCCACGGUGCCAUCAAGUUCAAUGACACUCUAAGCAAAGAUGAAUGCUGCAGCUUGGUAGCCUCCUUGUCUUCCUGCCAGCUGCCCUUCCAGUGCGCUCACGGCCGUCCAUCUAUUGCUCCCCUUGUAGACAUCCUUCAUUUGGACAAAGACCAGAAGGAACUCAACAAACCAAACCUCCAAAAGCUGAGAAGAAUGUACAAAGCAUGGGAACUCUAUGGAAAUAGAUAAGUUGCGAUGAGCAGCUUCGCCUUUGUCACCAUGCCAUCUGAACUUGGGUGAGCUUCCACGACCUUGGCGAGUUUCUAUUCGUUUCUUGGUGAGCUGUCAUCUUGAAGGAUAACAAUACCUCCUACUUGCGAGUUUCUUGAUGUUCCUUGUCGUUUCUGUCUUUGUUGACGAUUAAGCAAGUAUUCUCGCUUCCAUCUUUGCCAAAAUUCAUCUGCUAGAAACUGCACUCUUUUCCAUCUCUUGGUACAAGUCUUCCUUGCAGAACUUUCCUGGAGGUGGAAGAAGAAUCGAUGGGGUUGAGGUCUGGACUCUGUAUGAAAAUGAUGUCUCAUGCUCCCUGAUCCACUCAUACACAGUGUGAACCCCUUGAAUCCUGGCAUCGUCAUCUUGGAACAUGCCCAUGCCAUCAGGGAAGAAAAACUCCACUGAUGGAAAGACCUGGUCAUUCAGUGUAUCCAGGUAGUCAGCUGACCUCAUUCUCUGGGAACAUAACGUUGCUGAACCUGACCAACCCCAGAACAUAACCCUAACCCCCACAGGCUUGUAGGCACUAGCCAUGAUGAGUUCAUCACUUCAUCUGCCUCUCUUCUUACCCUGAUGCUCUCAUCACUUUGGAACAGGGUAAAUCUGGACGCAGACUACAUGACUGACCACAUUUGUUCCUCGAAGAUGAUGGUUCAGCACUAUCCUUCCAGAUUUUAAUAAUGCAUUGGACUAUUUUUAACCUGAUUUUAGUAGUUUCAGAAAUCUCCUUAGUUGUUUUCUUUGCUUGACGCAGGCCAAUAAUUUCAUAGAUGUGAGACAGAUAAACAUCUGUUUCAUGACCACAGGAUAUGUCUGCCAACGAUUCAGAAAUGAGAAGCUCCUCACUGCAUCAGCUAGGGUUAAAUAAGUUGUUGCAGCUGAAACGUUUUCAUCACUGCAGUAAUUAUCCAAUGGAAGGCUCUUACCUAUUUGCUUAGUUAAAUCCAGGUGCUGACUUUUUUUGUUGUUUUUUUUUUUUUUUGGCCAAGCAGUGUAUAUCGACUGAAUUCAGGACGAAUUCUUCAAUUAUUUUGUAAAGAGACAUCCAGGAUUUGAAUGAAAUACAUCAAUUUUUCCAAAAAAAAAAAGAUACAAAUGGGUAGCUUUUGAUUCACGUUGGGCAUCAAAGGAUUAAUAACUUGAUUUAGUGAGCUGAAUACACUUUUAACUGCAGAUGAAUUAAUCGUCCAAUUUAAGUCAAAAGACCUCAAAUCAGAAACCAAAUGCUGGUACGUUUUUUAUUUUUAAAAAUAAUAAAUUGAGAUAUUUUAGGCUGAAUUAACUUGGAACUGACAAAACAUCCAUAUUUACACCUAAGAAACAAGAAAAUAGUUAACUCCACUUAAAAUCUGCUCAAUGCUUUACAAGUGUAGUUUUUCCAUCUUACACAAGAAUAAAUAGCCUACUGAGAAGUAACGUAUUCUUUAUUUCUGAAUCAUUUUAGUGAUAUUUCACGUGGGGUGCAAUCACAUCUGCUGUGUCCUGUGAGUUAAGUUUCCCUUAACUUUCCCCUUAACUGCUGACUGUACCUCCAGCCUCCUCACCACAUCCUCAUGAGUCACGUCUCAGGUAAACAUCGCUUCAGUGUUUGAUCUGCACAGUUCUGAAGUGUUACGGACAGAAACCGUCGGACAUGGCAGCGUGUCUGGAUGCUGCUGCAGCGAUGUUGUGAAUGAUGACCCCCCCUCUCCUCCCCCACAGUUCCGGGUCAUGCCACGUGACUUGUCCGCCCCCACAUGUGCAGCCUCUCCUCCUCACCUCCAUCUCCCAAGUAAACAAUUCGGCAUCAUUUCAUUAUGUCUGCUAACAGUCUCCGAUGCUUAUCUUGGAGCGGGAUGGCUGUGCAGAGAUGGUCGAGGAAUGUCUGUCACACUGUUCAGAAACGUGUUUCAGAGAGAUGGGAUGUGAUCAGCAGAGCGGAGAAAUUAAACAUGUAGUUUACUGUUGAAAUGAUCGUGCAAAAACGUGCUCAGUUGACCUUGGUGAUCAAACAAAACAGCAUCACUGAGCUUUACUUGCUUCUAAUCGCACAUGGAUUUUACCCUUGAACGCACCCGAGCAUUAAGUUUUCAUCGCCCAUGAAAUGGUUACAUUUUUUUUUGUAUUUAUAAAUAGACUCACGUUUCUCAUCCCAUAUUGAAUUAAUAAGCAGCCGAUUUUUGUGAAUGGGGCCCGUUUGUGCAGAGAACAGCUCUUAGCUGCAUUUGCGUAAAACCUCUGUUAAAAUAUCU